AUGGAUAAGAAGAUCAAGAAAUUCCUUAAGGAUGCUGUCAGGGUUGCUCCCAAGGUCUCUAAUAAGGGAGAGUUAUUUGAAUUAAGGAAUGGACUUGUUUCAAAGUAUCCUCAAACUAGGAAAGAUGCGAUUAAAAAGACAAUUCAGCAGAUGACAAUUGGUAAAGAUGUGUCCCCAUUGUUUCCAGAUGUACUCAAAAAUAUAGCGACAUCCGAUAUUGAACAGAAGAAAUUGGUGUAUUUGUAUGUGAUAAAUUAUGCGCAGACGCAUCCUGAGUUGUGUAUUCUGGCCGUCAACACAUUUGUCACGGAUGCACAGGAUCCCAAUCCACUGAUUCGUUGUAUGGCAAUUCGUACUAUGUCUAUGAUUCGUGUGGAUAUGAUACUAGAUCAUGUUGAGGGUCCGUUGCGCAAGACGUUACAGGAUGAUAAUCCAUAUGUGAGAAAGACUGCAGUGCUUUGUGUUGCCAAGUUAUUCCAUUUAAACAGGGAGUUGUGCAUAAGUUUGAAUAUGAUUACGGAUUUGAUAUCAGCUUUGGAUGAUUCAAACUUGAUGGUGGUUGCGAAUACGAUAGCUUCGCUAACGGAUAUCUACGAGAUGGAUUCCUCCGUUGUACCCUUACCAUUGUUGAUCCAGUCGCAUAUUACGCAGUUAUUGCAUGCGUUGAGCGAGUGCACAGAGUGGGCUAGGAUAACAAUUUUGGGAGCACUUGCUCAGUGUGAUGCGAAGGAUUCGAUACAGGCGCAGGAUAUUAUUGGUCGUGUAACUCCUCAUUUGCAACAUGUCAAUCCUGCUGUUGUAUUAUCGUCUGUGAAAGUGAUUGUGAAGAAUCUGGACUUGUUGCCCUCUGAGUUACAGAAACAGCCCACUGAUAAAGUUUCUACUGCUUUAGUAUCUUUGAUGUCCACCCCGCCUGAGAUGCAAUAUGUCGCGUUGCGGAAUAUCAGAAUUUUGCUGCAGAAGUACCCCGAAUUAUUGUCUAAGGAGCUACCCAUCUUCUAUGUUAAAUUCAACGAUCCUUUGUAUGUUAAGUUAGAAAAGUUGGAUAUUAUGGUUCGGUUGGUCUCGACUUCUAACUUAAAACAGUGUAGCUUGCUGUUGGCGGAGCUACGCGAAUAUGCAAUGGAAUUUGAACCGGAAUUUGUAUUGAAGGCAAUUCAAGCAAUAUCUCAAUUGGCUAUAAAGUUUGCCUAUGCAAACGAUUCCACUAGUGCCACCAAGUUUGUUACAAAGGCUCUAGAUAUACUCUGUACAUUAUUGCAAGACCGUGAUACUUUUCAAGACGAAUGCCUGGUUUCGAUCUGUGAUCUCUUGCGGUACGAUUCGCAAUUAGCUAACCUGCCAUUACCAAUAGUGUCAUCAUGGACAGAUGCAGAUUCUCACCUUGUUACUGAUUCCGGAAAGUGCAACUAUAUCUGGAUGCUAGGCCAGUAUCGGUUCCCCAACGCUGAGGAAAAGUUACAACAAUUCAUUGACACUUUCGCGCAGCAAGGUCAUUCCACUCAAUUAUCUAUUCUGUUAACUGUUGUGAAAUUAAGCAGACAGCUUCCUGAUACUACUCUUCAACACGUUUUAAAGCUUGCAACCACUGAGACCCAAGAUAUAGAUAUCAGAGAUAUGGCUAUGCUUUAUUGGAGGUGCCUUUCAUUGCCAAAUGCAGACAAACUGGUAGAAGAUCUUUCUAAUGCAAAGUUACCACCUUUAACAAGUACAUUGGACCAGUUUUCUCCAGAACUACUCCAUAGUCUGUUGCAAGAAUUAUCAACCCUUUCGUCUAUAUAUUACAAACCCUUAUCUCAGUUCAAACGCCGUACUGUACAACACAGUUCUGUCCAAGGUAAAGCCCUAGAUGAAUUGACUUCUAUGGCACAUGCAGAAAUAGCCAAAAAUUUAAACAGCGAAACUCUGUUGGAUCUAGAUAGCGAUUCAACAAACGUACCCAAUGCCAAUAUCAAGGGUGGAAGCGCCCUGGAAGAAUUGAGUGAUCUUUUUAAUUUCACCGGCGACUCACUGUUGGACAAACCAAUGCAAAAAAUGACUAUACAGGAAGGCAAACAAGUGCCAGCUAAUGGAAGUGCAAAAGAUCUCAUGGAUUUGUUCUGA